AUGUGUUUACUGCUCUGGGUAUCCGUUGAACUCACAACUGUAACCACAACGAUCACACCAACAACCUCAAGUACACCUCAGACUGCACCUCUGAGCAGCACCGUUACCACCACCGCUAACCUCGCCCUCUCGACGACGCCAACCACCCUGACAACCAUCCCCUCGACUACCAGCAGCGCCAACCCCUCAUCAUACAUAUCCUCCUCCUCAGCAGCGGCAGGAGCACCAACACCCACGGUCACGCCUGGUAACAACGACAACAACACCUCAGUCUUCCCCACCACCCUAGUCGCAGUUAGCUUAACUGGCUCUGCCAUCCUAAACCUGUUCGUGGCCCUCGCGCUUUACAUACUAUGGCGCAACGGCAAGAUCAGCAUGGUCGGCGACGAGGAGGCGACGCGCACGCGAAAGAACAGGCUCGUGGCCACCAUGCCGAACGGAUAUCUGCCACAGCAGAAGCAGCAGCAGCAGGGCUCACGGCGCCAGCUGAACGUCAACAAGCCCUGCCCUCCCCUCCCGUCGCAGCCCAACGGUCGCUCCGUCGCGGACCGUCAUUCUGACCGCUACCACUCCUACCAGUAUCAUCUCUUGGACCACAGUUCAGAAUGCUCCUCACUCCGCUCUUCGUCUCUCUCUCUCUCUCGGCAAAAGCCUUGCACGGAAACAAGAAAGAACUGCCCCUCCCCCUCCUCCCAGGCCGAUAUCGAGAGUGGGCGGUAG